AUUUAUAAGGGGUUAUAAUGAAUUAACCAAUUUAAUUGUCUUAUUAUCAUUUAAAGACACAUUGUGUUUAAAAUUAGUCAUUAGUCAGUGACAUAAUUGGUGUUUUUCAACUUUUUUCAAUUGGAGUUUAAUUUUUUUUAAUAUAAAAUCAGAUUUGAUCGAUCUUGUUGUGAAAGUGUCCAUAGUUACAGUUUAUGGAACUAAUAGAAAUAAAGUAAAAUUUAUGUGAUACAUCGGAAUAAUUCAAUGUUUAAGAAAUGGACAGAAAAAACAGAGGUUCUAUCAGAGGAUUUGCAGUCAGUUGAGAAAAGAGUUGAUCAAGUUAAAGAUGUCAGUACAAGAACUACAAAGAAAAUUGAAGCAUGGGUUAAAACCUCCACAUCAGAUUAUGAGAAACGAUUGAAAAAGAUGCCAGAAACCAGCUUAGCCAUCAGUAUGAUAGAAAGUGCUGCUGUGCUUGGUAAUGAUACAUUAAUGGGGAAUUUAUAUCAGAUGUGUGGAGAAUGUCAAAGCAACUUGGCUAGUCACCUGUUAAACCAUGAUAUAUCAGUAGAGAAAGCAGUAUUACAACCCAUGCAAGAAAUUUUAGAUGUUGAAAUUCCAGCAAUUAAUAAAUUCAAAAAGAAUUUAAACAAAACAACAUUAGACAUGGAUUCACUAAAAAGCAGAUGGCAUCAAGCAGUGAAACAAACACAAGUCAGUGGAACCAAUAUGCAGCAAGCAGCCAAUAAAGCUGAUACAAUGAAGGAACAUUACGAAGAUUCAUGUGCUAGAAUGGAACAAGCGAGGGAUCAAUUGACAACAGAAAUGUACAAUUUCAUAGCCAGAGAACCUGAGCAUAGUCAAAAACUUUUAUGUUUUUUAGAAAUACAACAGGCUUACCACAAAAAAGCAUUAGAUGAACUAGACAAAACUAUACCCAAAAUGAGAGAUACAUUAGAAUGUAAUCCGCAUAAACCUGUAUAUGGUCUUCCAUUAGAGGAGCACUUACGUGUGACAGGACGAGAUGUAGCACUUGUGAUAGAGGCCUGCAUCGUUACAAUCAUUGAAGGUGGUGGAAUGGAGGAAGAGGGAUUAUUUAGAAUAGCAGGGAUGGCUUCAAGAGUGAAAAAGUUGAAGACAUCCUUUGAUGCUGGUGUAGUGGAUAUGGAUGAAUAUGCUCUUGAUAUACAUAGUGUAGCAGGUGCAUUAAAGCAGUAUCUUAGAGAACUACCAGAACCAUUAUUGACUUACUAUUUAUACCAAGAUUUUAUUAAUGUUUUAUCAUUGCCACAAAACCAGCGACUUCAGGCUCUUUGGAAAGUAGUACAUGAUUUACCAGAACCCAAUUAUAUUAAUUUUAGAUACUUAGUAAAAUUUCUAUCAAAGUUAACUGAAAAGUCAGACAUAAACAAGAUGACACCUAGUAAUAUAGCUAUAGUAAUUGGUCCUAAUCUAUUAUGGCUGGAAGGUGAUGCAGGAGCCAGUAUGGCUAGUAGUGGAUCUGUUAGUAAUCUUUUAGAAAUGAUUGUUUCAAACGCAGACUGGUUUUUCCCUGAAGAUAUAGACUUUCAUCAAGUUAACAAAGGCACUGCACCCCCUCGAAUAUCUAGCAGCUCGAGUGACAAUGUGACAACAGUUUCAACAGCAGUUGUUGCACCAAUGCAAGCAUCAAAUACUCUGUCUUCUAUAGCAAGAGCAUGUGAAAUAAUUACCCCUGCUGUAACUUUACCUAUCACGUCACAUGAUAGCAUGUCAAAUGUAGAAGAAACUGAUGUAUUUGUUGAUAAGGUAUCACCAUCAUAUCAGUCAUCAGUGUACAGUUUUGCAAAGCCUGCAGAAAAGGCAACACAUAGCUCGGACAAGAGCCCAGAUGUUGAAUUUGGAACCAUGUCAUCAUUUUGUUCUUCAAAUACUUCAAGGCUGUCAGAUAAUUUUGAUUUGCUAGAUCAAGAAGAAGCACUUGGUGGUGCACCACCUCCACAGGAGGAAGAUACAACAAAAAACAGACCUAAUAGCCAACCAAUACAAAAAUCUGAAUCUGCUUCCAAUCUCCAUGCACCUUUAGCAGAAGUUGAACCAACUUCACCUAGAUCACAUCGUAAACACAAGUUAAAACCAGCGCCUCCCCCUCCACCUGAAAGACCAUAUUCAAUCGCUGUGACAGCUAGUUACUCCAAAGCCAAUAAUCCGGGGCAGUUUCAAACAUGGCCACGUCAGGCUGUAUCAGAAUCAAAUGAUGAAAAACCAAGUGCAACAAAAACUAGAUCUUCACCAGAUAAACCUCCUGUAGCUGAAAAGCCAGGACAUCCUCCAAAUAGAGCUUCCACGAUAUCAUAUGGUGAUAGGCCAGUAGCGCCACCACCUGACCGACCUAGUAAACCGCCACCAGCAGCACCAAGUCAUCAAAGAUCAGCAUCAACAGGAAGUGCCAACAAUGCUGCUUUAUCAGUCACAACAGAACAAAACGGCCAAGGUAGUUUAUCAAAUAUUUCACCAGACUUUGUAGAAGGUGCUGGGCACAAGCAUAGCCAAACUAACCGCUUAAGCCAACCAGGUAGUGCAAGACCACGACCGACACCACCACCACCACCCCCGCCAACCAAUAAAAAUACAGAGAACACUCAUUUAUAGAACAAACUAACAUUUAGGAACUUAAUAAAUUGGUUGUUUUUAUUAUACAGUAUAAUUUAUCAUAAAUGUACAGAUUUUUAAGGAAUUUUUUUGAGUGCAAUCAAAAUUUGUUCAAUUAAAUCUACUUUUAUUAUGUAGAUUGCAUUUUCUCACUUGAUUAUAUGUUUAGAAAUGUGCAUUUUGGUGUGAUAGGUUUCUUGUGUCAUGUCAUAUUUAAUACAAGCUGCUUAUUGCUUUUUUUGCUUUAAAAGCUUGUACAUAGAUUCAGGAAAAUUCAUAAUAUUUAUACAUGGACACUUUAUACGUAAUAUUUAUUUUUAAAAAACCAUCAUUAAAAUACAGAUUUUUUUAUUCUGAUUGAUUGAUUGCUGAUUGCUUUAUGUCACUGUGGUUGCUAUGUUUAAAUCAUUUUGAUAUUUAGUCAUGAAACUUCUGUUAUCAACACAAUUGUGGUCAGUUUUUUUACAUCAGGAAUUUAGCUUCUGCACGUUACUUACAUUGCCAAGAUAUUUUUAAUUGGCUAUCAGUUAUAGCAGUGACCUACACCUAAUUCUUGAUCUCACAUUAAUUAUAUUGGAAGAAAAAACGCUGAUGUUGCACUACCUUGUAAUUAACAUUAUAUUUCCACUGGCAUGCUUCCAAAUUCUGUUCUGACACGGGAAUUUUUUUUCAUGUCAAUUUUGGGGGAUUUUCAUUUUUUUUUUCCUUUGCAUAAAAAAAUAUAUUUCUGGAAUGCUUGCUUUAAACCUGUAUAAUAAACAGCUUCAUAUUAUUCAAGUUUUAUAUGUAUUGCAUUCAUAUAUAGAAAAAAACUUUAAUCUUUGUAUUUGAUAUAUUCAAUACUCUCUUUUGUAAAGAUCUAAAUGUUGUUUCAGAUAACAUAAAAAAUACUUUUUCAAAAAGGAUUACAAAUUUAUUUCUUAACAAAUUAGCUUAGACAUACAUAUAUCAUUAACUGUUAAAAUUUUGAUUAGUAAUUAUUAUGCUGCAAGAGCACUAAUUAGCUAUACUAUGGCAUGAUACCAGAAAUACUGUGAUAUAGAAAUAGGAUAUAGGGUUACUACAAAACGAUUGUCCAGAGUAGAAUACUGUAUUGCACAAGUUUGAGAGUGCUAUAAACAUUGUACAAAGGUAAAUAGUCACCAGUAUUUGUGCAAUACACCUAUGAAUGUAUGAAAAAACUUACAAAAGGUAAAGAACAUCAUGUGUACCUAGUAAUAACUUCUCAAUUUUGAAGUGAUAUUGCAAUGUGCAAUACCAGAGAAUAUUGCAUGCUUACUUUGGGUCAAUUGUUCCAGGGAAUAUAACAUUACUACUAUCGUAUACAAGGAUAUAUUUAGCAGGUUUAAUUAAUGUAUUUCCAGUGAUAUAGUAGUGUGCAUGUGUAGUAGCAAUGUAGAUGUCAUAUAACAUUAUACUUUAAUGUAUUUAAACCUUUAAUCAAGAGUUUGGGAAAAUCUCAGUAAAGCAAUGUACAAAGAAUGAUAACUCUUGUUAGGUGUAUAAGAGUCAAAAUAUGCCAUUUAUUAUAUAGUUGUUACAAUUUUACAAGCAAGUGCUACAAAUAGCUACAAUUGUAUCUGAUAUAGAAAUCCAAACCCAUGUAAUUUUACUUUAUUUCUCAUGAUUUGUUAGAAGUUAAAUAAUUGCUAAUUUUAAUGUUAAUUAAUUUAUAGUUACCUGUAAGGAUAAUUUUUUAUUAGUUAAUUUAUGAACGAUCUUAGUAGGUAGUUAUGUAUAAUAAACUUGUGCAAUGCGUGAAUGAUGAAAAUGUUAAAUGUUUAUAUCAUGGAUAAUCAAAAUCUGAUUGAAUGGCAAAACUAAACUUGCAAAUUAAUUUGAUAGAGGUUUAAAAGUGGGGAUAUACACAUAUAUAUUUAAUUUUGAUAUCAUUUUCUCUUAAACUUUUCAAAUUUAUAUUGUGGUAAAAAGUAUAAAUAUAGAAAUUUUUAUUAAGAUAGUAACUUUUUAACAGGUAUUGUCAUUAGUAUUAAUACCUUUGAUUUUGCUCCACUAAGGACAAGGGACCCAAGUACGAUGAUUCUGUUUUAAAACUGUGUGUUCAAGGGUUUUGUUAAAGAAAAAGUUGAAUAACGCUUGAAUUAAAAAUAGAAAUUUAGGCUGAAUUAAAAAAAAAUGUUCUUAAAUGUAAACCAAUUCUCAUGUAAGUGGUCUGUUCAAUUGAAAUGUUAUUACGAGCUAACAAAAAUGCAUUAAACGUAUUGAAAAGUGUUUUUCAGGUUAAACAUGUAGUAUCUGGUGACUUUACCCCUUGACUCUGUUCUAAAAUCUGAAAUAUCAAUCUCAUCCUGGCAUAGGAGCAAUUUCAAGUAAAAACAAACAUUUAUGUUUUUAUGAUCUAUUAGAACACUGCAGGAAAAAUUUGGUUUUAUUACCUGCCUUUAUUGGAAUAAGUUCAAUCAAAGUUUGAAUAGAAUUACCACUCUCAAGAAAAUUGGUAAACAAAUGUACUGUUUAUGCUUAAAGUGUAAAAGUAUAAUGAAAUGAAAAGAGAAAGUCUGCUUCCAUAAAUCGGAAAUAAAAAUUAAAAAAUGCUUUAAAUAAGUCAAGUAAAACGAUUGCAGAUAUGUCCAACAUGUUAAUUUUAUUUCAUUUGAUAUAUAAUGAUGGCCUGACGAUCAUUUGUGUUAAUAAAUUUUUGUAGCCAUAAAAUAAUUCAGCUUGCAAUGCUAGUUUUAAUCAACCAUUUCUUUUAAAUUGCAGAUUCUGGAAAUCAAUCAUAGUCAGUUUAUAUUCCCGCUGUAAAUAUAUCAAAUUAAGUGUCACUAGUGCUUUUAUAAGUAAUUAAAUUUAUGUUAUUGUUGUAUAUAUUAUAGCAUUCCUUCAAGUCUUUCAUUUUUCUGUUUCUUACAAUUGUAAUAUUUACUUUUGGCAUGUUGCUUUAAUUAUGACUUAGUGCUCAUACAUUUUAUAAUAUCCUUUUAAUGUACCACAUUGGUGAUUUUUUUACUUUCUUUUUCUCAGAGAAACACUUGAUGUGUUGAAGGAUGUGAAAAUUUGAAUGUUCAGGAACUUAAAACCAGUGAUGCAUACACUUAGUAAAAUGCAUUAGUACAGUAACUAUGAUAGAUAACACUGAUGUUAACAAGGUUUAUUUUUUUAAAGAAAACUUUUUGAUUAGAUCUAAUAAAUUUUUUUAAAACAAUAGGUCCUCAGUUAUCCACUCCAGCUUACUAAAGAAGCUUGGAUGCAUUUCCAUGCUACCUAAAGAAACUUGGAGGUACCUCCCUGCUUUCUAAAAAAGCUUGGAUGUAUCUCCCUGCUUACUAAAGAAGCCUUGAUGUAUCUCCCUGCUUACUAAAGAAGCUGGGAUGUAUCUCCCUGCUUACUAAAGAAGCCUGGAUGUAUCUCCCUGCUUACUAAAGAAGCUUGGAUGUAUCUCCCUGCUUACUAAAGAAGCUUGGAUGUAUCUCCCUGCUUACUAAAGAAGCUUGGAUGUAUCUCCCUGCUUACUAAAGAAGCUUGGAUGUAUCUCCCUGCUUAAUAAAGAGGCUGGGAUGUAUCACCCUGCUUACUAAAGAAGCUUGGAUGUAUCUCCCUGCUUACUAAAGAAGCUUGGAUGUAUCUUCCUGCUUACUAAAGAAGCUUGGAUGUAUCUCCCUGCUUACUAAAGAAGCUUGGAUGUAUCUCCCUGCUUACUAAAGAAGCUUGGAUGUAUCUUCCUGCUUACUAAAGAAGCCUGGAUGUAUCUCCCUGCUUACUAAAGAAGCUGGGAUGUAUCUCCCUGCUUACAGACAGUGCUUCGUGGUCAAGGUGUCCAUUUUGAAAAAGGGUUUUUCUGAACAGUUUUUGUUUCUUUUAACCUUGCUUAAUUUAUCACUACGUUUUAGUAAGGAUCUCUUAUAAGACUUGUGUGUGUCACAUGUUUCAAUUUAAUUUGGUUAAUCAUAUAAAAAAUUCAACCGUUUAUCCUUCCAAAAUGGUGGCCAAGGGAAAUAACUCAAAGUCAAAUUAUAUCAUAAGAAUUUUUACUGUUUAAUCUGAAUGAUUUUUGUUGGUUCCUCUUAGCUAUUAGUUUGUUUUAUACUUUUAGUGUUGUGAAUGGGUUUAAGUAGGUAUGGUGAUUAGGGAAUAAGAUUCUGAACUCUGCUAACAGUAUUUUCAGUGAACAAUGAUGAUAAAACACUGUUUUCUGUAACCCUGUAACACUACUGAAAUGAUAAUAUAAUAAUAUUUGUAUUUGAAUUCAUAACACCUGUUUGCCUUGAUAGACCCCGGAACAUUUCUAAGUUUGCUUGCUCUGUCACUAAGAAAUUUUAAUUCGUUAGUAACUAAAUAUCUGAUAAAAACUUAAGUAAAUUAUUUACAAGAUACAUAUAAAAAUUAUGAUUUAGGUUUUUAGUCGGCCAGUUUAAAUCUGGCAUAAAAAAGACCAUAAUAAAAUAUUGAUAAAAACAGAACUGAUACUUCGUCUUCAGAACUAACAAAAUAAGACAAAUAUCAACAUUAUGAAUCCCUUUCUGGAAAUAUUAAUAUGAAACUAAAAUCAAAAUAAGAUGCCAUGUACAUAACACUAUUUGUGUUAAGAUAUGUAAAGCAAUAUAUACAUCAAAAAGUAAACCCCUCCCCUCUCAGAGAAAAGAAAGAUAUGUCAUUAAAGCAAUGAAAUCUACCAACAACUUAUACCCCAAAAAUUGGGUGUCAAAUUUGUAAUACUAUAUCCUUGUUUAAAUUCAGACAAAUGUCAUUGCAGUAUCAAAUACUGUCAAAUUUUACUACUUUUGCAAUUGAAGUAAAAGAAUAACUGCUCUUGUCAAGCUUCCAUUCCUGAAUAUGACUUAAUUUUAUAAAGACUUGUUAUGCCCCCACUGCCUCCAACUUUAGUUUGCCUCAACCAAAUAUUAUGAAACUUAUACAAAAUGCUUAUUACCACCUAACACAGAUCAAUUUGAAUUUGGGUGGCAUCACUUUCACUGUUCUCAAGUUACUGUAUGUCCGUUUAUAAAUGGAAAAAUUGCUGAAUUGGCUGUAUAUCUACAAGCAGGGCAUCUGUAUCUCAUGGACACUUUCUUCAUUUAUUUUCAAAUAAAGUUUUAUCAAAAUUUAAGUUGAAAUUACAUGAUCUCAUUUAACUCAGCACAAUGUUACUUAUAUUGUUACUUUAUUUUAUUUUGAUGAUAACAUGGUGACAUCUAUAAAUCAUAAUGAACUGCCAUACAGAGUGACAAAUAAACAUAGGCAAUAAAAGUCAUCAUAGAUACCAGGAUUCAAAUUUUGUACAUCAGACGAGGGUUUUGUCUUAAAUAUCCUAGGUUGUGAACUAGAGAUAGUGUUGUAAACUUAAAAUCUCAGAUAAUCAUGCAGAUCUCUGUAAGUGUGAACUAAAAAUUUUAUGAACAGGGGAGUAUUGAGCUUAGUUUCUAAAAGAGUGUGAUAAAAGUGUUGUAUUUUAAGGUUAAUGAAUUAAAACUAUUUACUUAAAAUUCAUAAAUUAUUUUCUGUUGAAAAAGUUUUGUUUGCCUGAAGAUGCGUAACAAAGCUAUUUGAACAGAUAUUUGCUUCAGUAAAAUAAAGAGGUAAGCAGUUAUGAUACCUUUUGUGAUAAAUUUGUUGUGUCACCACUGCAAUACUCUUUAAUAGUAAAACAAAGGUCCGAAAGUUUUAGUUUCUAUAACCUAUAUUUUACCCUUGGCUUAUUUUCAUAAGUUACCUGCAACAUUAUUGUGUUUAUAAUUAUUGUGAGUAUUGUGUAGAUCUUACCUUUUCUUGAUAAUUUUGCCAACAUUGAAUAUUUUUCAAACACUAGAUCAUUGCAGUUUUGGUAUAAAACUUGAAAAAAAUUGAAUAUUAAAAUGUACUGUAAAAACUAUUUCAUAUUACCUUUUGCAAAGGAAAAUAAAUCUCACAGAAAUUAAACUGCAAAAAGAGAACUAUAACCAUUGAAACAGUGCUAGUAUAUAUUUGGUACUGGUAUGUUUUUGAUAAGUUUUAAAGAGAUCUGAAAUUUAUUUUUUCUUUUUAUUGAUGAGUAAGUUUGUUUGUUUUUGGUGUAAUUGUUAAAUCUUCUUUCAGAAAUGCCACCAUAGAUAUAGUGUUUAGAACAGGGUAAUUAUCCAUGCUCUAUUGAAUUAUUCUACAAUUUGUAAUACACUACAUUGUAUAUUUUAUCUGACAAUGUGGUACUAUUGUUGAAUUAUUCUACAAUUUGUAAUACACUACAUUGUAUAUUUUAUCUGACAAUGUGGUUCUAUUGUUGAAUUAGUCUACAAUUUGUAAUACACUACUACAUUGUAUAUUUUAUCUGACAAUGUGGUACUAUUUUUGAAUUAUGUGUAAUAUACUUUUUCAAUGUAUAUUUUAUCUGACAAUGUGGUAUUAUUGAAAUUUUAAUGGUAGAGAAUUAACAUGCUUAGGUCAGCUGUGAUAUAAGUUUAUGCUGACCACAAAACAAGCAUUUGUUGGCUGUUGAUAAUCUUUUAGUUUAUGUCAUAUGAUAUGUAAUGUGAAUUGAAGCAGAUUAUAAUA